CACAGCUUUACGAAGAUCACCUUAGAUAUCCGAGGGCGCUUGAUGUGCGUUGAUGCUGGGCGCGUCGUCUCUAGACCCGUCGUCGUCAACGUCUCCGUGGCAUUCUGCACCUACUGCUGUCGGACAUCCAUCUUCUAGUUCACAACCAUCCAAGUCGGUACCAUCCCCUGCGAAGACGGAAACGGACACUGCUACUUCAACCUCGCAUGACGUCAAAGACGAAUAUUCUCCUGCAAAUGGAGCAACGACAGAGAAUGUUGAUGCAGCAGCAGCAGGUCCAUGCUGCUGCUGUCGCAGCUGCUCAGGCUCAACAACACCAAAUGCCCGCAUAGUAGUAUACUGGCUUACUGUUCGCUAUCUCGCGGAUAUAGAGAGCUUCACCGUAGGACGCAUAGGUGCCGUAAGGAUGCUGGCACUAGCAAUGAAGACCCUAUGGGGAAUUGUAUCGAAAAAGUUAUUCACACUAAAACUUCACUGUUUUAUCGACCACUGUGUAUUGGAGGAUCUAUCUCAAUAUGGCUCUCCAUAUCUAUGGUCUGCCUCCCCUUUUGAACGACUACAUCAACAGUUACAGGCAAGGGUAGUCCAAAAGAAGACCAACUGCGAGAAAACAUUAGUCGAAAAUUUCCUUCUUCACAAGGAAUUGACGCGAUUGUCCUCGGAACAAGCUAGACACAGCAAGAAUCCGCUUUUCCUGAGAUUGCAUACGAAAGUACUAAGACACUGCAAAAACAGAUUCCCUGUCAGCGCGCGAUUGAAUAAUGGAUGGUUUGUGCCUGCUGGAUCCAGUUUGAGCUUUCUCGAUUUGAAACCACAACAUCAGUCGCUUUUGGUUCCUUUUAAAGAAUACCUUUUCUGCUCCCGACUUUGUAACGACCAAUCCGUGUACAACUCGGCAGUCUACUGGACAAGACUUAGUGCGACUAUGCAGCAUUGUACUGGUCUACUACAGCGAUUUUCUGCAUACCCAAUGGAUGACAUGUAUGAUCCUUACGUACCGCAGUACGUAAAUCGCUCGCGCUCUGGAACUUCUUCUCCCGUAUCGGAGGACGACUUAUUUGAAAAACAACCGAGCAGGCCUUAUGAGGAACUAGUGUCUCGCAAGCGCAGUGAAUUACCGGAAACAAACGGGACCUCUGCUUCGUCGUUGCACACACAGCCACCCUUCAAGGAGAUAAACAUGAUUUCGAUUUUUGAGUUUGGAAACGUCCAGUGCGCUCGAACAAGCACGACCACUACCUGCACUCUACUGGAUUUCUACCGUCACUUUUUCCUCAAUGCAUGUGAUCCCAUCCACAUCAUUCAACAUUACGCAUAUCGACAAUCCGGCAAAAAUGACAAGGACAAAAGCCUGAAAGACCUUCCCGAAUCAAUGGUCACUUUCCUCAUAGAUUUCGUCCUUGAUGCAAUGGGAUUGUUCGGCGAUGAACUCCUUUUACCACCCGCAGAUUGCGCUAGAAUUCACGGAAGGUACUGGGCUGCUCUGGGCGAGACGGAGUCUCAAAGAAGAAAAAGGUUCGAUGCGCUAUCCGAAGCGCGAACAGACUGGAGUACGCAUGCACGCGAAGCCCUUUGCAGAGCAUUAGCCGACAUUCGUCAAUAUGAAUUCGAUGCAGCACGCCUGACGCUCAUGCCGCCCAAGAAAAAAAGAGUAAUAACGACGCAAGAAGGAACAACGAUCGAGAAAACGGAAGUCCGUGAGUCGCCUGAGGAAGAUUGAUCCCUUUUUUGUGUUUUCGCUCACAGAUGUAUGAUCUUCUUGUUGCGAGAGCUUUGAUGUUGAUUUUCUGUUCUUGAGAGUAGAUCUUUCUGUUUUUGCUCAGGAAUGUAUAAUUUUGCUGCUGC